UCCAUGGAAGACCCCCAGAAGUGGACAGCUCGCCUGUCCCUUGGUGGGAAUGUGAUGAAAAAUAGCUUCAGAAAAAUAGCUUCAUGAGUGCAAGAGGAAAGUGUUUCCACCAGCAAGCCAUGUCCGAAAGUUCCUCAGAUCAGAACACAAGUAGUCAAGAGAUUCGUCCAUCUAAUUCUUCCUACUACUCUGAUCCAAGGGAAACUCAUACUCUUUCAGCUCUGUCAAGGGACAGAAGAACAUUAUAUUCACGUUCAGAUUCUGGAAUAUCAUCCUUGCUUCCGUCAGAUUCUUGCAAGCACCUCACUUGGCAUGAGGUAGAGCAACAUGACGUUCAAGGAAGUCAGCUGCGUUGCCCAAGAGUAAGAGAAGGGCCGUCUGAAGAAGCCUUGCUUUGCAGAGAGGUGGGGUGUUCCUUGCCGCCAAAGAGAAGAACCCUUGAAAAAACCAAAUGGGAAGCAUGGCUACAAGAAAACUGGGAAGAAUGCACGAACUUGAACAUUUCAUUUCAAGAUUUGGGGGACCCUUAUCAAAUUGAAAAUUUUAAAAGGAUUCUUCGAAGAUUAAUUCGAGUUGAAACUCUCUGGUUAGUGGAUAAUUCGCUGGUGGACUUAAGUGCUAUAAGAUUGCCAAGCUGCAGAAUUUUAAAUAUGAACAAAAAUUGUCUCACAUCUUUUAAAAAAUUGCCAAAGAUACCUCAGAUACAGCAUUUAUCCCUGGCUGAAAACCACAUUGAGACCCUGGAUGCACUCUCCAGUUUGCAGUGCACGCCUUUGCAAUCCCUCGUGCUCACCAGGAACCCUUGUGAAUUUCACCAAAAUUACAGAAAAAGAGUGUUCUCCUGCUUGCCAAAUUUAAAGAUGCUGGAUGGGAUCUUGAAGCUACCAGAAGACUGUUCGUCACCAAAACCCAAUAUUUUUUCACAAAUAUGUGUUAUAUCCUAAUGUAAUAUGUAUAGAAAGGAAGCAAUCACCACUACUGCUAAGAGAUAAUAGCUGCAGGAACUGCAUGAUUAAAUACUGUAGUUUUAAUCAAGAUAGGAAGACACUUUCGGUAAAGGAUCAGACAGUAAGUAAACACUGUAGGUUUUGCUGGUCUUAUGGUCUCUGUCAUAGACACUAGCCUCCGCCAUUGUAGCACAAAAACAGUCAUAGAAGAUACGUAAAUGUAUAGAUGUGGCUAUGUCCCAAUAAAAGUUUAUUUGUAAAAAA